CUCCCUCCCUCCCUCCACACUCCCUCCAAAAGCACUCACCAUUAUACACACAUUCUAGUCCCAAAAUAGAUAAUCAUGGCAGCUUCAACUUCAUGCACAAAUUCUUGGAUUAAGCCCAAAUUAUCCAAUCCAUCAUCUUCAUCAUUGCCAUUCAUCACCACAAGAAGAAAUCAUCCCAACACCAAUUACAUCAAAUGCUCCCUCCAAACCCCCACUCUCCGUUUCCCCAACCAAUCCGCCGCCGCGGUGCCAGCUUACAAACCGCCCUCCCUCGCCGCGCCGCCGCAGAGAGUGAUCGAGAAUACCGAUUCUCCAUCGAAACCGCAAUGGAAUAUAAUUCAGAGAGCCUCAGCAAUGGCGCUUGACGCCGUUGAAAAGGCGCUCACACGCCACGAGCUCCAGCAUCCCCUGCCGAAGACAACCGACCCCGCCGUCCAAAUCUCCGGCAACUUCUCGCCGGUGCCGGAGCAGCCCGUCCGACACCGCCUCCCGGUCGUCGGGAAGAUCCCUGACUCCAUCCGAGGUGUCUACGUCCGCAACGGCGCCAAUCCGCUCUUCGAGCCCGAAGCCGGCCACCACUUCUUCGACGGCGACGGCAUGAUCCACGCCGUUAAAUUCGACGGCGGCGACGCCAGCUACGCCUGCCGGUUCACGGAGACGGAGAGGCUCACGCAGGAGCGCGCCCUCGGACGCUCCAUUUUCCCCAAGGCCAUCGGCGAGCUCCACGGCCACUCCGGCGUGGCGCGGCUCCUCCUCUUCUACGCGCGCGGCCUAUUCAACCUCGUCGACCACCGCCGCGGCUGCGGCGUGGCCAACGCCGGCGUUGUUUACUUCAACAACCGCCUCCUCGCUAUGUCGGAGGACGACCUCCCCUACCACGUCCGCGUCACCGGCAAUGGCGACCUGGAAACCGUUGAGCGCUACGAUUUCGACGGACAGCUGGAUUCCACUAUGAUCGCGCAUCCGAAGGUGGAUCCGGAUUCCGGCGAGCUCUUCGCCCUCAGCUAUGACGUCAUCAAAAAGCCCUAUCUGAAAUACUUCCGAUUCUCGAAAAACGGUGAGAAAUCAAACGACGUUGAAAUCCCCGUCGCCGAUCCUACGAUGAUGCACGAUUUCGCAAUCACGGAGAAUUUCGUGAUCGUUCCGGAUCAGCAGGUGGUUUUCAAGCUAUCGGAGAUGAUCCGCGGCGGAUCUCCGGUGGUGUACGAUAAAAACAAAAUUGCGCGAUUUGGUGUGCUGAGCAAGUACGCGGAAGAUGCUUCUGGAAUGAAUUGGGUGGAAGUGCCGGAUUGCUUCUGCUUCCACCUCUGGAACGCGUGGGAGGAGCCGGAGACGGACGAGAUCGUCGUCAUCGGCUCGUGUAUGACGCCGCCGGACUUGAUCUUCAACGAAUGCGACGAAGGAUUGGAGAGCGUCCUCUCCGAGAUCCGCCUCAAUCUCAAAACCGGAAAAUCCACGCGCCGCCCGAUCCUCUCCGCCGACGAUCAGGUCAACCUGGAGGCCGGCAUGGUCAACCGCAACAAGCUCGGCCGGAAAACGCGCUACGCCUACCUCGCAAUCGCCGAGCCGUGGCCGAAGGUCUCCGGCUUCGCGAAGGUCGACCUCCUCACCGGAGAGACGAAGAAAUUCCUCUACGGCGAGAACAAGUACGGCGGCGAGCCGCUCUUCCUGCCGAGAGAUCCGAGCUCGGAGGCGGCGGAGGACGACGGCUACAUCCUCGCGUUCGCGCACGACGAGGCGGCGUGGAAGUCGGAGCUGCAGAUCGUGAACGCGGCGACGAUGGAGCUCGAGGCGAAGGUCCAGCUGCCGUCGAGAGUCCCGUACGGAUUCCACGGCACCUUCAUCGGAGCGAAGGAGCUCGCCGGACAGGCGUGAUCGGAGACCGGCGGCGGAGAAUUGCCUGAGGGAUUGUCUAGAGAUGCGUCCCCGGAGUUCCUCCGCCGUCGUGGAUCUCCAUGGCUGAUUUUGGCGCCUUUUUUUAGGGUUUUAGGGAUUAUUAUCAGAGUGUGAGAGGGUUUAAGAGGAACUCUGCUUGUAGCUUUGCUGUACAUAGAAAAUGGAAGCUCAGCAGUUUCUUCUCUUCAAUCUUUCUCAUACUGUGUGAAAUUUGAUACAUAUAUUUAGUUAGGAAUAAAAUCAAUCUUGUAUAUGUUCAUGAAUAUCUGUAUAAAGCCCCUGUUUCUGCUCUGUUUA